AUGUCAGACUCGGACGCAAUAUCAGCAGACAGUCUCGGCCCUAACCAUUACAACGCGCUUAGUAAGGCAAUUCAUCAAGUGCUCACUACUGAUCUUGCCAUUGAAACAUAUGCUCAGAUCAUAGAUGGCCUUCCACUUUGCGACGUUGCUUGGAACCGAUAUCAGCACAGAUUGUGUCAGAAACACCCCAUCAACUCUCAUAAGAGUCUCUGCCCAGGCUCGAUUGAAAAGGCCAGCUCUUUGAAGAAUAGUCUGGACUUGUCCUGGCUAUCAUAUGACGAUAAGCUACUGCGGUCUUAUCGAGCCUCUCCGCCUGGGUCUUUGGCAUUUGGGCGACAAAUCCUAGAAUUAGUUGCUGUAGCCGUGCACAAGACCGCCAUAUACUUAUUUCGAAAGGACUUCCGUCUUCAUGACCAGCAUUAUUGGGAUAAUGAUGGUCUUAGCAUUCAAAAUGUCACGUCAUGGCAGAGCGUCCCUAUGGAUAACAAUAUAUUUAAAACGGUUGAGCCGUGGCCUACUCUAUUUACGCACCCAGCUUUUACAGCAUACGAGCAGUAUCCCAAUGGAGUGGCCGAUAUGGUUGGCUAUUGGGCCGAAGACAGGAUUCUGGGAGGAGUCCUACUGUUUGAUCGUACUAAAGACGGGGGUAACGGCGCCAGCGGCUACGAACCCAAUGUUUACUUACAGUCGUCGCGCCCGAAGCGCACAUACCUAAUUUACCAGCUGACCGACGCUCAACAGCAAAGUCUAUUAGACUUCCUACUAUUACCUACGCCACCAGUGCCGCUAAGUGAGACGUCGAACCCUAAGAUACCAGCUCCCAGCUGCCUCUUGCCGCUCUUAUUUUCAUCGGAGAAUCUGGUCAGUAUUGAUCCAGAGUUCGCCGUGGUCAACAAUAAGAUCUACCGAGACGUAUGGGAACGACCGCCACCGAGGCCAUACCAGGGCUUAAUACGAGACCGCGAUGUAGUGGAUACACCCGGCGCUGGCGAUACUGAGCUGGAGAAAUUGAGAAGGCUGGGGCUAUAG